CCUCUCUCUCUCUCUCCCCCCAGACGGGUUUUCUCUCUCUCUAAAAAUCCUCGCUGUUCCUCACUCUUAAAAGUCUCGCUCAUCACACUCAUUUUUCGUGUGUCGUCGCUUGGAAGUUCUCGUUUUACCAGGUCGAGGAUCGGUUUGGGUGCGUCUCGAGCUCAUCGCCGGUACGGAAAACGCGAAACCCUCUUUUUAGAUUCCUACGCGGCGUUGUGAGAUUUUGUGUGUGAUAGAUUGCGAUGCUUUGGUGUGCGAUAGUUCGGUGGGUGGAUUAGAUGGCGAUGAUGAUGAUGAUGAUGAUGUGGUUUUUGAAUGGUUACUUGGAGAUCAAGCUGUGUGGCGUGGCCAGGGUUUUGUAUAAUUGUAAUUUUGGUUAAUGGGGGGGUUUUGGUUUGGUGGAGUCAUCGAGAGUUUGAUGUUGCUUUUGACUCUGAUAUUGGAGUCUCUGCUGGAAAUUUUUGCGUGUAUCUUGUGUGUAUAGAAGCUAAAUUGCGGUGUGUAUUGGAGUCCUUUCUUUUCGAUUUUGGAUUCAAGAUUGCUCCGUGAAAUUUCUUAUACUUCAGAAUAAUAAAUGGGAUGUGGCAAUCCCCCUGCCAUGAGUGCAGAAGAUGAAGGGCUUGAUGAACUUUCUCUUUCUGCUAAACAGAGUGGAGCUAAUGAUGGUGACCAAACUCAUGGUGCUAAAAAUGUUGGAGCUGAUACUAUGAAUUUGCUAUCUAUUUCAUCUGGUAAUGCUUAUCCUACUCAAAAUCGUGCCGUUAUACGCCAUGAUAGGCAAUCAUACCGUCCUGAGUGUGACUAUCAAAACAACCGUGCUUGUACAACAUCCAGUUUCUCGAAUGAUUCAAAAGUUAAUGAAAGUUCAAGUUUCAGAAGGGACCUGCCUGAAUUCUGGAGAGAAUCAUUAUAUCCAGAUUUGAGCAUAAGCCAAUUUCGUGAUGCAGCAGACGGACACAAUUCUUUCAGUGCAGAAUGUUUGACGGACACAAAUAUCUCCUCUAUGGGUUAUAAUUCAGAUGUUCAAAUGAAUUGCGGGUUGCCAAGGUACGGGACAUCAUCAGGUUAUCCAUUAAAGGUACAUGGAGCGGAAGCUAAAAAAUUUAGAACUGGUAUGCCACCAGUGGAUGGAAAAUAUUCCUCUCCAGGCAGAGUUACAUCUGCAUUUCCGCAUUCGGAUAAUUUCGGUGCAACAAUAAUUGAACAAGAACAAGACAUAAAUGUCAUCCCCUUUCCAAAUAGACCUCCACAUAACGUCGAUGGGAGUUUUCUAACACUUGGAACUGGAGGUGGUAGAGAAAUCAUAUCGAACAAUAAUUUCAAUCCUAGAGAAAUUGCCAGUAGAUUGGAGGAGGAUACUGCUUCUGUACAAUAUAACAGUUCACAUGUUGGGCAAAUUCUACAGAACCCUUUGAAUCUUAAUGAGUUGACAGGUAGUUCUUCAAGGAUUCAAUCUAAUUCUGGUGGAUUAUCCCGGCCAUCAUAUAUGUUGCCUCCGAGUAUGUCUAUCCAAGAUGAACAUUUUCAAUACUUCAGUGUCUCGCAGAAUUCAGACCAGCUCUCCCUGGCCACCCAUGCUAUUGCACAACCUACAUUUUCAGGGAGAUAUAAUAAUUAUGUACCUGAUCCAAGUACAUUGUCGUUUCCUUUGAGAAGCCCGCCAGCAUAUUUUUCUGGUCAAUCUAGACAAGUUUUCAUGAAUGGCCCACCAGGAUUUCUCCAAUAUUCAUCCAACUUCUAUGGAGGAAGCUCAUUCAACCAUGCACAGCUAGGACAAUAUAUUAUUCCAAGUGAUGGUAGAGGAACUAUAAGUAGUGCUGGUGUUCAUUUUCAGCCAAGAGGAAAUGUGACAUCACUAGCAGGAAAUACCCGAACAGAAGUUACUCCACUUGGUUCUUCUAGUGUUCAACCAAUCGGAAACUUAAUUACUUCUCAAGAUGGUCAACCUGUUCAUUUCCACAGUAAUAGUUCAUAUCCUGUGAGAAUUGGUUAUCCAGUUCCAAGUUGGACUCCUGUUCACUCUUCUGCAGCUAGCCAAUUUCCUAAGAGACUUGGAGUUCAACCUAAUGAUUUUCCUACUCCUCAAAUUGUCAACGAUCAAUUUCAAAGACCUGUUCGACCUCAAUACUUUGGUCCUCUUCCAACAAAUAUGAUGCCAACUAUCCGUCGUCCUAGCCCUGCUUUAUCAUCAGGUCAACAAUAUCAUUGCAUUCCAGCCCAUUUUGGUCAGAUGCCUCAGGUUUCAACAUUUGAUCCAAGGCCCCAACCUCCUUCUCCCGGCGUUCCCCGUCCAUCUUUGAAGAGACCAGCCACUGAAAAUCCUCAAGCAAUACAAUUGAGCAGACGGAGGAAAGGUAUUCCUGCUCGUGGUCGUGGUGUACUUUCUUCUGAUAUUCACAACAGGCCUUUGGCCAUUGCUGCACCUGCUCCAGGAACUGUCCGCAGUCCAUCCUCCCCUCAUCAUAUAAAAUGGAAAGGUGUUGAGGAAAUGGUUAAUCUAACCGGAUGUAAGUGUCACUUAUGCAAGAGGGAUCUCUCACUUACAGCAGAAGGACCGGCGUAUCAGCCUACUAUUCCUCCACCCGCUGCUGUGCUACCAUGCGGCCAUACUUUUCAUGACGAUUGCUUGCAAAAAAUCACCCCCCAAGACCAAUCAAAAGAUCCUCCCUGCAUUCCAUGCGCCAUUGGCGAAGAAAACUGAUUCUUUUCCAGGUUUGAUUCCGGACUCUGGCCUGCUUCCAGAAAUUUUGAAAAAACAAAAAAGGAAAAAAGAAUUUGCAUUGUUGUCUGGGGAUUAUAGUGAGAAACUGAAAUCGGAAUAUUUUAGCUUUAGCUAGCUACAUAAUUGAUUGAAACUGUACAUAUACAAGGUUUACGUUACUUCCUUCCCCAUUGUGGUGGUUUUUGUGUAUUACUACUAACAAGGUGGUUUCGAUCGAUGGUAGUCCUUUGUAUUCUUGCCAGUCUAUUAGAAAUGUGAUAGUUCUUUAGCUUC